CUCUCUCUCUCUGUUGUAACCUAAGUUACUCACUUACCCUUUUCUCUCUCUCUGUUCCUCUCUGAGCAGAGGGCAAGACAACAGUCAAUCGAAAACCGAGAACCCCACAAACUCACAGUCUCUCUCAGUUGGGUCCAAGCACUCUACAAAUUUAAAACUCUCUCUCUCUCUCUCUCAAACCCCUCACCCCACCCGUCUUUCUCUCUCUGUCUAUUCUAUCUAUCUAAAAGAAAAGAAAGAGAGAAUGGGGAAGAGUGAGAUGGAGUUAAGAGAGGAAGGAAAGAAAAGAUGGGGCUGAUGAAUCAUCAUCUAUCUCAUCUCAUCCCAUCACAGAUAGAGAGUAAGAAAAAUAGAAAAAAAAUAUAAAAAAAAGAAAGAGAAGAAAAGGAAAGAAAGCUUCAGAGAGGCUUCCCCACCUAAUGGAACUAUCAGAUUUGCAAAACAACAAGAAGAAGCAGAGCAGCAACACAAACAACACAAACACGAACACGAACACAGGUGGUACCACUCAUCCCCACCAUCACCACCACCAACAACACUCAUCUUCAACAUCAUCACACCUUGUGGUCCCUUUCGAUGCAAUUGCAAGGCCAAACCCCACCUUCAUCAUCCCCACCUCAUCCCCCUCUUCCUCUUCUUCCUCAUCAUCGUCCUCGUCCUCCGCCUCCGCCACCACCCUCAUUGACGCCUCCCUAGCCAUCGCCACCAGAUCUGACCAUUCCCCCAACAACACCCAACAAUUAUCCACCACUACCGCCGCCACCGCCGUCACACCCGUCGCCAACCCCCCCAAACGAUCCACCAAGGACAGGCACACUAAGGUCGACGGUCGCGGCCGGAGAAUCCGAAUGCCGGCCACGUGCGCCGCUAGGGUUUUCCAAUUGACCCGAGAAUUGGGUCACAAGUCCGACGGAGAGACCAUCGAGUGGCUGCUCCAGCAGGCCGAGCCGGCGAUCAUCGCCGCCACCGGAACCGGAACAAUCCCGGCCAAUUUCUCCACCCUCAACGUGUCCCUCCGGAGCAGCGGCUCCACGCUCUCGGCUCCGCCGUCGAAGUCAGCUCCUCACACGUUCCAUGGAGCAUUAGCACUCGCUCACCAUCCUUACGAGGAAGCUUUUCAACACCCAGCUUUGUUAGGGUUUCACCCUCACCACUCUCAGCACCAUCACCCCCAACAACACCACCCACAGCAGCAGCUUCUCUCCGCCGAUCAAAUCGCCGACGCACUUCCCAGCGGUGGCGGCGACUCCAGCGAGAACUACAUGAGGAAACGCUACAGAGAAGAUCUCUUCAAAGACGAUAACGUUAACACCCAAUCACAUAACGAAAGCGGUGACGCCUCUUCGCCCAAAGCAUUCAAAACAACAAACCUACAACAGUUGCCGAAGCAGCAACAGCAGCAGCAACAACAACAACAACCAGAAGGUGCUUCUUCCGCGUCUGGGCUUCUUCGGCCCACCAACUUGCUACCCGCCACUGCCAUGUGGGCCGUGGCACCCGCUGCCGCCAGUGGAGGCACUCCCGGCAGCACAAUUUGGAUGCUUCCGGUAACUUCCGGUGGUGGUUCUUCUUCUGGGUCGGCAAGUUCGGAGACACAGAUGUGGCCUUUUCCUCAGACGGGUUUCAUGCCGAGGUUUAACCUUCCGGGUGGUGUCGAAUUCCAAGGUGGUCGUGGUUCUCUUCAAUUGGGGUCCAUGUUAAUGCCGCAACAGCAACAACCUUCUCAGCAUCUGGGCCUUGCCAUGUCUGAAUCCAACUUGGGUAUGUUGGCUGCUCUCAAUGCAUACACUAGGGCUGGUUUGAAUAUUAAUUCCGAUAAUCAACAAUCCUUGGAACAUCAUCAUCAUCAUCAUCAUCAUCAACCUCAGCCUACUGAGAGUGGAGAAGAUGCUCCUAAUAGCUCCCAGUGAACUCCAUUUGAUCGGAAGUUGAGUUGAAUUUGUGAUAAGUGAGUGCUUUUGAAAAACCAUGGAUGCUAGCUAGCUCAUCACAGUUGAGUUGAGUUUUUAAUUAGAUGUUGCUCUAGUCAUGCUUUUUUUAUUAUAAUUAUUUUGGUUUAAAUUUUUUUUCUCCUCUUUUUUUGAGGAAGUAAGUUUCUUUAGCUUGAUUUGGAGGUGUUGGUAUGUUAUUUACAGUUUGGUUUUGGUCCAAAGGGACCUUAGCAGACAAGAGAGAGUUUGUAUAGGAGGAAAUUUGUCUUGGUAUUUUUAUUUACCUUGUUUGCUUCUUUUUUUUUUCUCUUUAUGUAUGACAAUAUGAAAAACAAUUAAAACAAAAGAAUUU